GGGAAGGAAAAAAAAGCGAUAGAUCUCACGUUUCUGGUCGCAGCCAGCCUUCGGAGCGAUGUUAUCACGCCCGCGUCCGAUUGGUCCCGAGGCUAAUUAGCGAAGGAUCGGUUGAGAAACAACAAGCGCGGCCGUCAGCCAUCAAAACCGCGAGCGGGUUUUAUCACGUAUAAAUCACGGCUGUCCGGAGCGGAGGCUGCGCGCCAUGAAAACUUCAUUUUGAGAACCGUUCUGUUUGCCGAAUUAAAACUAUGACAGGCUCCGUUCAUUGUGUCGGGGCCCGCGUUAUCUCGAGGUCGUAAGGACUGGCGGGGAACGGGCGAGCCGAAAAUGAUACUCGUGCCGCGCCGAGGGAGAAACACGGGGAUCGAUGGAUCGAGCCAUUGAGUCAUAACAACGAUAUAUCCGAAGCGGUUUCGAAUGAAAAGAACAGGAUACCGGUCUGGCGAACGCAGUAUCCGUUGACGCGUAUUCCUGACGAGGAUCUAAACGAUCGUCGGUCUCCUGGAAACAUGGCGCGCUACGCCGAGGACGUUUACUAUGAAUUCGCAAUCACCCUGACGCGGGACGCGGCGCAGAUUCUCAAGACGGCCAUCAGCGGAUUGAAGAAGGUGGACGAAAAACUAGGUAACUGGGACCUGGUGACGGAGUACGAUCGCAAAAUAGAGAACGUCAUCAUUGGCAAGCUGAAGACCAAGUUUCCCAAUCACAGGUUCAUAGGCGAAGAAUCGACCGGAAAGGAGCUACCCGAGCUAACGGAUGAUCCGACAUGGAUCAUCGAUCCGAUCGACGGCACGACCAACUUUAUUCACGGGUUUCCACACACCUGCGUGGUGAUCGGCCUGGCGAUUAAGAAAGAAAUGGUGAUUGGUAUCGUCUAUAACCCUGUCCUCGAGCAGCUGUUCACCGCGAGGAAAGGACGAGGCGCGUUUUUGAACGGGGAACCGAUCAAGGUCUCCACAGUUCAAGAUAUAUCGAAGGCACUGGUCUGCAUGGAAGCAGGCUUCGUGAAAGUGGACAGCCUGAGAGAGAAGACCAUGGAGAGAUUGCAAGCUCUUAUUCGUGCAGCUCAGGGGAUUCGCACGCUCGGAGUGGCUGCACUGACUUUAUGCUACGUCGCCCUGGGAAUCGUGGAGGCCUAUUACAUAGAGGGCCCAGGGAUCUCGACGUGGGACAUCGCCGCAGCUUCGCUGAUAAUUGCCGAAGCUGGCGGAGUGGUUCUAGAUCGUGAAACAGGCGAGAGAAUAGACAUCAUGAAACCUCGUGCAAUCGGUGCAUGUAAUAAGAAGAUCGCUAGAGAAGUCUUCAACAUCAUUCGCGAGGCCGACCAAAGAGUAGAGAAUAAAGAAUAGUGAUUUUUCUGUACGGCAGUGACAAUAAAAGAAAUAUCCCAUAA